AUGACCACUCAAACCAGCAGGACUUGCGUGCUUCCUGAAGGCUUGCGCUAUUACCUUCUACGCCAGAACGAUGUGCGCGGUAGUGUAAUCGUCCCUCUCGUACCCGCAGAUCAGCUACCGUUCCUUCUUCACGGGGUUCCGCGCGAGCUGACACACCGUCAAAUGUCAGACCAAGGCUGGAAGUUCCUUUCCGAGACCAACGAGGCUCCUAUGCUGCUCUCGGUACAGGCACCUCAGCCAACCGCAACCCCCCGAUACCUGGCACCGGACCACCAUGUGCGCGCCGUACCGCAACCCGCAAUCGCGGGGAAAACUCGUAUUGACCCAUUGCCCCAUCCGACACCUGGUCCCGAGAGUGUGCGAGAAGACCGGCAAGACUCAGGUCUGGGUCUUUCUGAACAUCCUUCAUCCCUGAUCGACAAGCUCGCGUCUAUCUACCCGAAAGAUGCGCAGCGUCUGGGAUACCGUGCCUCGAACUCCUCCGGCGCUGAGCCCGACCCAUUCAAGAAAGAGUUCACUAAACCGUGGCCUUCCGGCAUUGAGCCAGACUCUUCGAAGAAGGAGUACUGCACACAUUGGAUAAGGACAGGCGAAUGUAGCUUUACAGCCGUGGGUUGCAAGUUCAAGCAUGAGAUGCCGGGCAUUGAGAAGCUUCAUGAGCUAGGCUUCAGAAGCAUUCCGCAGUGGUGGAAAGAGAAGUCUGCCAUCGGCGCGAGGGCCCCCACUUGGAUGCAGCGAAGGCUCGCAGGUAACGAUGAUGCAGACCGCGCUGCCGAGGCGCGUGACUUUCCCGAUCCUUCGACGUUGUUCAGGAAGAUGACACCCAAAGAGCGUGUGUCUAUCAUGAGAAACGAAGAGCCGAAACACCAGGAGUCACACAGCUUUCUUAAGCGCAUCGAUUCUGUAAUGUCGCCUGAGACUCCUUCAGCACCUGUAUCGGCCGCACGACGUGAUAGUCAGAUGUCGAAUCUGCUCAUCGACCUUGACGAGACACCCGCGCCCCUGCCUAGCCCACAGCUGAGCCAGGCCACGAUGACUAGCAAUGACUCUAGCGAUGACGAGUCCCUACCCGCUCGACCCAUCCCAUCCAGCGACUUGAAUCCCAAGCACUCCCCGCGCAUCGGGCGCCGUCCUGCAGACAAGAACGAACAAAAGCAGAAACUCAAACCAUGCCCACCCGCAUUCGCCCCGCACCGCCGUCGCUCCUCUCUCUCCAUAUACGAUUCCAGCCGCAAGACUACCAUCACCACCAUCGCCGCCGAACCCACCACCAAAGCCCCCGCUCCGACCCAGCAACCCCGCGCUCCGAUAACUACCAUCCGACGCACCGACCCCGCACCCACGAAACUCUCUGGUCUCUCAGCUUCCAAGUAUAACUGCAUCCCCGCUCUUGACCACAGCUGUACCGCUCGCGAGCAACCCCCUCGGCCCAAGGUGCACCGCGGCAAAUACAAUAAGCUCAAGGGAGGGAAACAUGGCAAGUUGUCGGCUGCUGUAUAG